AUGGCGCAGCCGAGUGGACGCUUUCCAACGGGCGAUUUUAUUGCAGAAAUCAGAUCAUACCCGUGCUUGUACGAUAAAUCACUGCCAACGUACAAGGAUACGGUGCUAAAGAGAAGUACUUGGUGCGAAAUCGGACUAAAAUUUGGCAUUAACGGAAAGGAGUGUGAAAGCAAAUGGAAUAACUUAAAAGAUCGUUGUGUUAAGCAUCAAAGAAGCGGUGCUGGAGCACCAAACUGGGAGUAUUACGAUUUAGUGAAAGGCAUAAUUGGAGUUUCAGGGGGUAUCUCUCAAAGGUAUGAACAUGAACAGUAUGAGGAGGUGUUCGUGCAGCCUGAUGCCGUUUUGCUAUCAUCACAGGAGGCAAGCAUCGUCGAGGUGCCUUCGGCUGCACAAAAAAGGCCACAGGAAAGCUGUAGUGCAGCAGGCAGGAACAAGAAAUCAAAACCAAUCAACACAAUUGACGAAUCUAUACAGAGGUCCUUAGAUGCCUGUUCUUCUAAACUGCAGAGCAUACAAGCCGACAAAGAUGAAAGCUAUUACUUCUGUCAGUUUUUAGCUAUGCGCCUGCGCGAACUAGACAAAUCACAAAGAAGAGAGGCAUUCCACAAGAUAGAGGAAACCAUGUAUGAAUUGGAGCUCAGGAGUGGCAAUUUUUGA